UCUACCUCACAUGUCCCCACUCCUGCUCUCUUCACAGAUCCCUGGACGAAUAGACCGUUAACACCAAACCCUAAAUCCCCGUUAUAAUUUUCUCUGAUUUUCCUCUCAAUUUCUCGUCCCCGUGGAAGACAUUCUCGGACUUUUCAUCUGGGUCAUCGUCACACGAUGGGGAAGAACCAAGCUCACAAGGCUAUGCAGAGAUCCAGGGUCGGAUCCAGCUCCACCGCUCCGGAGGAGAUCGAUGACGGCAUGGUGGAUGGUUCAUUUCAUACACCAGCGUGGCAUGCUGCUCGUUUGGCUAGCCUCAAGACUUCACAUACCAUUACCUGGGAAGAAUUUAAGAAGAAGCAAAAGGAAGAAGAAAUGAGAAAGGGGGAACUCGAAGCAGAUACUGAUAGAAUGAUGCGUGAAUAUAGAGCUCAGUUGGACGCUGAAAGGGCAUUAAAGCUCUCGAAAGGAAGGAAUCAUUCUAGUGAUAAAUCCAGAAAAGAUAAGAAGGACAAAGAAUCGAAGAGAAAGAGAAGCAAAAAGAGAAAGCGUUCGAGGAGGAGAUCUUCCAACUCUAACUCCUCGGACUCAUCCUCAGAGUCAUCAAGUAGUGAUGAUGAGGAAUCUAGAAGAUCAAGAUCGAGUUCUAAAAGAUCAAAAGAGAGUAAGCACAAGACGAGAGAGAAAGGCUCGAGAAAAAACAAAGAACAGGACAAUGAUGGUCCAGUACCGCUCUCAAAGUUCUUUGGCAAUCUUAAGGGUUGACAACCUGAGAAACAAAACAGAUAAGACAGGAACUGUCUUCUAUGAAUCUCAAAUUUUCCGGCAUAGGAUAAGACUCCUUCCCUCUUCAUCUCACCUCUCCAAGGAUUAUUAUUACAGAAGCUGAUGAUGAUGAUGGUUCCUGCUCUGCUGUCCAUUCAUACACCAGCUUGUAUCAUUACAACAUACAUUCAGAUUAUCCCCUUUCAAUUUUAUAGACCUUGUUGGAUAUCCUUGACAACAGGCUCAUGUAUUGAUUGUGAAUUUGUGACAUUUAAAGUUGCUCA